UUUGUUUACUUGGCGACUCCCUCGUUUGAGCCAGAGCGGUUAAAGUCUCCACAGCACCGUGUGCUCCUGCAGCUGAAACCCGAACAGCACAUUGAGCAGAGAUGGACGUCCUCACCGUGUUACCCUCCAACUUUGGUUACGCUAUAUUUACUUACCUGUACAGCUGGGUGAUGCUGGGGUAUUUAGCAAUCAAGGUUGGGGCUGGCAGGAAGAAGUACGGUGUCAAGUAUCCCACCAUGUACAGUGACAAGGAGCCAGUUUUCAACUGUAUCCAGAGAGCACACCAGAACACCCUGGAGGUUUACCCCCAGUGGCUGGUGUUCCAGACCCUCGCGGCUCUUGUCUAUCCGUUGUCAGCAUCUGUGCUGGGGGCUAUUUGGGUGACCAGCAGGUUGUCCUAUGCCUGGGGUUACUACACAGGAGAUCCAUCCAAGAGGAUGAAUGGUGCUUAUGGUUACAUUGGAUACUUUGGAGUUAUCUUUCUGUCCAUAUCUGUCGCCUUGCAAUUGCUUGGUCUCUUUUAAGGUUGUCCUUUCUUCUGUCAGAUGAGUUCGCUCAUCUAUAUUAGUUUACAUGAGAUUUUCAAAUGUAUCGACAAUAAAGUAACAUUACAAUUCUUAAAAUGCUGUUUUUUCAAAAUAUACGUGAAACAAACUUUUAUAGACCACUAAAUCAAUGCUUGAUAUCUUUGUUUUCCAGUAUUUGUUAUGAAUGUCUGCUUUGUGUAAGCACUGACAAUAAAGAGGAUUCUUGUGAA